CUCAGCGCAAACUUUAUGAAGCCGAGGCGGAUCACGGACACGGAGCUCAGUCCUCUAACGGGAGAAGUCCAGAGUUUUGUGAUCUUAAGGGACGUGGUGGAUUAAAACGUAUCAGAAGACUGGUUAGGUAUGUGGGAGCUAAACCAUUUAAAGCCUUGUAUGUAAGUAAUACUAUUUUGUAAUUAAUUCUAAAUUGAACAGGUAGCCAGUGCAGGGAUGAUAAUAUAGGUGUUAUAUGAUCAUAUUUUCUGGAUCUAGUGAGAACCCUGGCGGCUGCAUUUUGGACUAACUGAAGCUUGUUUAUUGAGGAUGCAGGACAACCACCUAGUAAUGCAUUACAAUAGUCCAGUCUGGAGGUCAUGAAUGCAUGAACUAGCUUUUCUGCAUCAGAUACGGAUAAGAUGCUCCUAAGUUUGGUAAUAUUUCUGUUGUAAUAUUGUAAAUAUGAUAUGACGUUACUGUCUAAUAUUACGCCCAGGUCUUUUACUCCUGAGCUGGUAGUGACAGUACAUCUUUCUAAACACAAGCUGGAGUGUGAGAGUUUUUGGGUGGUGGUUUUUGGGCUGAUAAGUAAUAUCUCUGUCUUAUCUGAGUUUCGUAAGCGCAUCUUACUAAAGGAGUUUCUCCUUCCUCAGGCCCUACAGUGAUCACGCCGCCGCCGUAGCGUUCGCACUCGUGAUGGUGAGCGCGGCAUGUGAGGGACGAUGGAGGACGUUUCUGAGGAUUUGCAGCAGAAACACGUUUGAUUUUUUUGAAUAUUAAGCGAUUUAUUAAAAGAGGCGUGUGAAGUCCACGCCCUGCUGCAGCACACGACAGGAAACCACCGAUUUUGCAAGCGAGGCCCGGGCGUCUCACAAUCGGAUGUGUUCUGAAACACGCAUUGAGGACUUUUGGUUUUUAAAGACGACUCUCACUCUGAAGUAGACGAGAAUAAUUUUUUUUAUUACAUUACACACACACACACACACACACAGACACACACACACAGCGAUAAAUGGCUAAACCCGUCCCCAUCCCGAAGCUGAACGUCCUCCCACCGUCUUCAGAUAAUGACUCCUGGUCUCCGUCGUCCAGCCCGCUUCCUCGCAAGCGCCGAAUUUGGGACAUGACCGGGAAGAAACGCAGAGCCCGAGGCCAGGAGGAGGGGGACGACCCGGGGGACAAGAAGAGCGUGGAGAAGAAGGGGAGGAGCCGCACACCUGUCGGGGUAGAAAAGGAGGGGGUUGUCGAGGAGGAGGGGGCGAGUAACCCCGCCCUCUUCCUCCUGCCCCUGUCUCGGUGCUCGUCCCCGGGCUGCAGUCGAUCUCGGUGGUCGCUACGCAGUUUACUCGCGAAGGACUCGGACUGUGAGAGCAGCAGUACGGCCAGUAACUCUCCCCGCAGCACUCCAGGCGGUUCUCCGUCUCUACGGCGACGGGUGCUGGGUGGGCGGGCCAGCGAGGGUGAGGGGCAGAAUGAUCGCCCCGGAGGGGGUGGAGCCGAGAGCGCUUCCCUGCCCACAGCCUCCUCCUCUUCCUCUUUACUCCCUACACUCUCCUCCUCUACCUCCAGCUACCCAAUCAGCUCGCGCCACUUCACACGCAAUGCCAAGAAAAUGCAAAGCUGGUACAAUGCUCUCAGUCCCACCUAUAAACAGAGGAAUGAAGAAUUCCGUAAACUCUUUAAGAAACUUCCAGAAACAGAGCGUCUGAUUGUAGAUUACUCGUGUGCUCUUCAGAAGGACAUCCUUCUUCAGGGUCGUCUCUAUCUGUCUGAGAACUGGAUCUGCUUCUACAGCAACAUCUUCCGCUGGGAGACCACUAUCACACUCCUGCUGAAGGAAGUGACAAAUAUAACGAAGGAGAAAACGGCUAAACUCAUUCCAAACGCCAUCCAGAUCAACACCGAGCAGGAGAAGCACUUCUUCACCUCUUUCGGAGCGAGGGAGCGCAGCUUCAUGAUGAUCUUUAGACUGUGGCAGAAUGCACUAUUGGACAAGACGCUGUCUCCUAAAGAGCUUUGGCACAUCGUACAUCAGUGUUAUGGCACGGAGCUGGGGCUGACGAGCGAGGACGAUGAUUACGUCUCUCCCACCGGCGAACACGUCAACGGCCUGCUUCCGGGCGAUGAUUCCUCCUCCGACAUCAUGGAUCCGUCCUCAGCCUCAGCAGCUCUUGGAUCUUCUCCUCCAUCCUCUUCUUCCUCUUCCACUCAGCCCGCGGAGGCUCAGGCAUCCAGACCCAGCACAGAGCCGGAGCCCAGCCCGAACACACACCCCACGACACACUCCGCGCUCCUCACACACCCCACCUCCAUCACUGCUGCUACGAAUUCGGAGGAAGUUGGAGAGGACACUCAGUCAGAACCGGCCAAUCAGGAGGCACCGAUGGCUCACGUGUCAUCACUGGAGAUAACCAACGACGACGACCUUCCCACAGACCCGAGCAACUCGUCCGACACGCAGGAAGAGAGUGAGGUGGAGUCGUUCUGUGGUGAUCUGCGAGGUCGACUCCACAUUAACACGGUGGUGAGGAUGAGUGUGGACAAACUGCACGAGCUGCUCUUCUCAGACACACACUUCCUGCAGCACCUCUUCACCCAGCGCAACUUCACCGAUCUGUCAGUACAGGAGUGGCAGAGAGACAGCAACAGUGGGAUCAGCACUCGAGUUUUGAGUUACACCAUCGCCAUAAACAACCCCCUCGGCCCUAAAACCGCCCCCGUAGUGGAAACACAGACCCUCCAUAAGAGCAGUUCCCGGGGUGUGUGUUACGUGGUGGACUCGGAGGUGAUCACAUCAGGAAUCCCGUACCAGGAUUACUUUUACACCGUACACAGAUACAGUCUCACCUCCGUCAGCACGCAGAAGAGCCGCCUCAGGGUCUCGUCAGAUAUCUGCUACAGGAAGCAGCCGUGGAGUCUGGUGAAGGCUCUGAUAGAGAAAAACACCUGGAGUGGCAUAGAGGAGUACUUCAGACACAUGGAGGUGGAGGUGUGUAAGUUGGAGACCCUGCUCCAGUCCGAGGUGUCGGUGGUGUGUGUGGGAGAAUCGGAAGCGGUUAAAGCUCCUCCCACACUGCGCAGGCGCAAACACACCAGCUUGAAACGUGCGGAGGGGGCGGGUCCCGGAGGCGGGGUCAUCGAUCAAGGGGGCGUCGUUCAUAGGGAGCGCAGAGACACAGGCUCACAGUACCUGAAGCUGGGUGAGAGGUGGCGCGGAUCUGCAAACAGCAACAGCAUCACCCUUCUGCUCAUUAUCAGCUUUAUUCUGGUGGUUCUGGUAGCCCUGAACAUGAUGCUGUUCUAUAAGCUGUGGGCUUUGGAGCGAGCCGCUCACACACUCGAGGCGUGGCAAUCAUACUCACUGUCGGACAGUCCCCUCCCCCAGUCGUCCUCUGAGUGGAUGAAGGUUCUGCAGUUACAGCGUCAGUUCCAUCAGGCGCAGCUCAACAAGUGGCAGCAGAUUCUACACUCCUCUGUCACACUGCUCGACCAGAUGAAGCAGUCUCUGGAGAACCUGCACAGAGGAAUCAUCAGGACUGAGGAACAGGAACCCGUCGCUCCUCCUCCUCCAUCUGAACCUCCAGCACCACCCAGCACAGACACACUGGACCAGCACUGACACACACACACACACACACACACACACACACUUUCUGACCGUUAUCUGAUCAGUGGACUGCAAUCAUGUGACUGGGUAAAAUUACCCUCAAUGCUUGGCUCCUCCCACUGUGACUAACUGUGAAUGCAGCGCUGCCUUUCUUCAUACGAUGAACCCUACAGCCUAAACCCUGCAUCCUAACCCCUAACCCCUAAACCCUGCACCCUACACACUAAAGCAAUAAAUCAGUGGUGGUUUGGGACAGAGCCAGUCUCUUCACCCCUCAGUGAUAUUCAAAUUGGACACAACCACCACUGACUUUCCCUCUCUCUCUCUUUCUGUUCACACACACACACACACACACACUUUUAAAAGGAAGAGGCCGGCCCUCAUUCUUCAGAGCUUCUUCCUGAUUCUCUGGGGUCAGAGGUCACAGACCCCACCCCUUCUCAUCUACACACUGAUGUUUUAUCUUCCGUAAGCAGCGUGAUCACUGUGUAACGAUUACCCAGAAUGCUCAGCUGCAACACGCCUCAGUUCUCCUGCUGAACGAGUGGAACUUGAGGGAUGGUGCGAUCGGCCGGUUCAGUAUUUAUUUCUUUUGACUGAAUAAAAAUGUUGUGUGUGUGUGUGUGUGUGAGAGUGUGUGUGAGAAGCAGGAUCAGAACCCAAACAGCAAUAAUCAUGUGUUAUUUAUCGUGGAAGGCGAAGCUGCCUGACGGAGAGAACAGGGUCUGAAAUUAACUCCGCCUCCUUGCAGACAAACCGCACUGAAACGCCUGUGAUGUCACCACCUGAUUAUCAUAAUUGGAUUUGCCUAGUCCCGCCCACAAGAGUGACAUCAUAAAGAUGGAAGUAAGCUGCGUUUAGAUCCGAAAUUAUUUUCCAUUAGGGGGCGCUGCAUGAAAAAUCUCAUUUUUCAUAAAAACAUGCUGCUGAGACACAAGUUAAUUUCAGACCCAGUUUGUUUGCCUGAGUCUCUCUCUUCCUCUCUCUCUCCCUCUCUUCCUCUCUCUCUCCCUCUCUUCCUCUCUCUCUCUCUCUCUUCCUCUCUCUCUCUCUCUCUGUGGUAGUAUUAUAUUUAUUCGCGGUUACUUGUCCGAGUCAUCAGUGUAUGUUAUUGGAUCGAGACUUGAAGUGAUCAGGGUUACUGUAGAUCCGCAGGCGUGUGCCGAUCAUCACCCAGACCGCAGAGGGCUGGAUAUCUGUCUGACCUUCAUCAUCAUCAUCAUCAUCAUCAUCAGUAGAUCAUUAACGAAGGUCUGAUUAAUGACAUCACACGCAGGCUGAAUCUUUAAUCCCACUGAUAUCAAUCUAGAAUAAUCGACUGAAAGCAGAUCAUAACUACAUCUAAACACCAGAGUGAGUGUUUGAUGCCUCACGUGAUCAAAUUAGAUCGGAUUCUUUAAUCAGAUAAAUGUUUUUUUUUUUUUAUGAACCCAGUUUUUGCGAUAAAAUCAAGACUUAUUUUGAAGAACUGAAUGUAAUAAGCUCCGCCCCCUUUUUCUGAGUUGCUCUUUAACCAAUCACAGUUGUCUCUCUCAGCAGGUCUGCUCUGAUUGGCUGCUGGCAGUCACAUGGAGAGAGUCCGAGCGAUGACGAGUUAGCAACGUAGCUUCAGGAAAAUCACUAAAAUCAAACGUCUUUGUGUUUCACACGUUAAUAAACUCAUUUGCUGUUGCCAUGGUAACGGUUUUAAACCCCACACACACACACACAUUGGUGUGAAUAAUAACGUGAUAUCCUAGAUGCUUGUUGAUGCAGUGUGUAGAAGUAUUGGCACACGCCUGCUGUAGACUUGACCAUCUGAACGUAUACACACACAAACACAAUUUAAUAUUUAUUUUGCGCAUUAAACAUUGAGGACCAAUCAGAGCAAAGGCUAAAAAGGGACGCCCACCCUGCUCCGCCCCUGUCCACCCCCAUCCCCGCCCCUCCAAUGUGUGUGUCAGCGUUUCAAACUUUGUGUUGUUUUCGUACAAUUUUAGCUGCUGUGUGUGUUGUGCAUUUUCCUUUUUAUUUAUUUUUUAUUUUUAGCAAAGAUGUCUGUUACUGCUGUUCCUCAUCUUGCACUCCUCCUUUCACAUCACAUUUUACUCCUUUCUUCCUUCUCUCUCUCUCUUCCUCUCUUUUCACUGUUGUAUUUAUUUGCGUUAUUCUGAAGGAGGAAGUGCGACUUUGCUGUAAAGAACUGAUUUCAAUGGCAAAACAAAUAAAACUAGAAACGUUAGGGAAAUAAGA